AUGAAGUUUGCCGAAAAGUUAAAACACCUAAAAGUAAAAUCGUGGGAGGACAAGUAUAUAGAUUAUAAAUUUUUAAAAAAAAUAAUAAAAAGAAAAUGUAAUACGGAAAUAAGUAGUUUAUAUGAAAAGAUUGAUAAAAAUAAUGAACAGAUUCUUGAAGUCUGUAAUUUGGUGAGUCCAGAUGAUAUAUAUGAAAACCCAAAAGAGAAAAAGAAAAAAAAUGAUACAGAAUGUGUGGAUAUAGAUUACACUUAUUUAUUCUUUUAUGUUUUAGAAAAUUAUAUAGCUAUGGUUAAAGAACAUUAUGAACAACAAUUCAAUUAUUUAAAUGAUAAAAUAAAUGAAAUAAGGUAUUUUUUAGAAAGUGAUAAAGUAAAUCUUAAAGACAUGGAAAUGUUAAAAACGAAAUGUUUGAACAUUUAUAAUCUUUUCGAUAUAUUAAAUAAUUAUCUGAAUAUUAAUGUUUUAUCUGUGUAUAAAAUUUUGAAGAAAAAAAAUAAGAAGGAAAAAUUGUCCACCUCCUUGGACCUCUACCAGAAGUAUUGUAACACCUUGCACCAAAUUAGCCGCGAGGAGCACUUCAACGAAAAGAUCAAGUCGACAUAUCUGUCUAUACAGAAGAAGAGGGGGAAUAACUGUGAAAAACUGGAUUUUAUAAACUUCAAAAUAUAUAUAAAAAAUAAGAUAGAAAAUAUUGGACAGUAUAGAGGAAUCCUUUAUAUAUUGUGUGGAAUAUUAAUAACGCUUAUUAUAAACACAAUUAUUUUACUUUAUAUUAAUAUAAACAACAUUAACAUUAAUGUUAUCCUAUCAAUACUGCCCAUAUAUAGAUUACUCUACAUCUUGAACUUUUUCUUUUUGUUCAUAUUCGCGUCCUUCCUUUUCAUGCAGUUAUAUGGAGUCAAUUUUACGUAUAUAUUGGACCUAAACAAAAUAAUUGUUGACGAAUACUAUUACUUGAUAAACUACGUUAUAUUCGUCCUUUUCCUGACGACCUUGUCCUUUUUAGUAUUUUUAUUAGAUGUACUAUUUAAGCUCAACAUAUUUUCAAACAUCAUUUUCCACGUAAUUAUUCUUCUAAUUCUCUUGUUAUGUACUACGAUCUUUCCUUUUAAUUUCUACAAAUAUAAAGAGAAUAAUUUUGUGUUUUCAUCCCUUGUGCGAGUCCUUAUGAGCGGCGUCUUUUUAGUCAAUAACGUAAAUUUGUUGGAUAAUAUUAUUGGUGAUAUACUAACGAGUUUGUCAAAAACCUUUUCCGAUGUUCAGUAUUUUAUUUGUUUUUUCCUGAAUGGGAUGAAUACAAGUGCCCAAGCUAAGUGUCCAAUACUGGAAAGGUAUAUUACCCCUGUUUUCUUAGGGCUUCCCUUUUACUUGAGGUUAUGCCAGUGCUUAAUAAGAUAUAAUAACGAAGGAGAACGGAUUCACAUAUACAAUAUGAUGAAAUAUAUGUCUGGAAUAGCUAUCGUGAUAUGUACAUCCUUCAACUGGGAAUACUUCGGUUUGGAUGUGUACACGAGCAAGAUAAUAUUGAUUUGCGCGUAUGUUGUCGGGUCAACCUACAUGUACAUUUGGGAUUUGUACUGUGACUGGGGUUUAUUAAAGGAGUAUAAUUACCUGUUGAGGAAAAGCAAUAACCUGAUGUACCCGCCGCAUUAUUACUACCUUGCGGGAUUCUUAAAUUUAAUUUUCAGGCUUACGUGGGCGAUUACCAUCAUGCCAGUUACCAUCUUCGAAAAUAAGGAAAUAAAUACCUUCUUGAUAACCUUUUUCUUAAUGUUCAUUGAAGUCUUAAGAAGAUCAAUAUGGAUGUGCUUUCGACUCGAGAAUGAACAUGUUACAAACGCGUCUAGAUAUAGAGCCAUAUUAUGGGUACCAAAGGUAUCGAAGACGAAGAAGUUUUGA